AUGGAGGAGCCCACGCCCGAGCCCGUCUAUGUCGAUGUGGACAAAGGGCUGACCUUGGCCUGCUUCGUCUUCCUCUGCCUCUUCCUUGUUGUGAUGAUCAUCCGCUGUGCCAAGGUCAUCAUGGACCCUUACAGCGCCAUCCCCACAUCCACCUGGGAGGAGCAGCACCUGGACGACUGAGGCACAGCGGCGGUGGAGACUGGACCUGGCAAUCUGCGGGUGGCUGUGCCCCAGGAUGCACCCAUGUGUCCCCUGUCAGCCUGCCAUCCCACAGAGGCAAGGAAUGAAUCUGGUCACCCAGGGAAGGAGAAAGUGCAACUUAGCCCUGUCAGCCCUCCCUCGAGCGCCAGCGUGGAAUGCCCGGGUGCCAUGGGUGUCACAACCCUGGAGCAGCCAGGGGAAAAGAGCCCUGGACCAGGACCCAGGAGGCAGGGGUUCCAGUGUGGGGAGUCACUGUGAGAUGAUGGGGUAGUCACCUUCCCAGGCUCCUGGGCACCUUUUGGAAUUGGAUCCAGCAACAGACACCCCCCAGCCAUCACACAACAGUGGUCUUGUCUUGAGGAGACUCUCUAUCCUUAAAAUACAAAGUAGCACAUGGAGGCUUCCAACCAAGAGGUCCCACCUGAACCCCAGCCCCCUCCCCAUGGACCAGCAAUGGUGUGGCAGUGAGAGGGGAAAGCAGGUUGAGGGAGUCUCACCUGAAAAUUCACGAAAGGCACAGGAUAUGGGCUGCUUCCAAGCAGUAUUUUUUUAAACUAAAUAUAGAGGGAUAUAUUUUUCCUGUUAUAAAUAAAAUGUACAUUUUAGAAACUUGG